AAUCCUGUCAAUGGGAUCAAAAAUGAUUUAUGUGGGGAUGGAACGUCAAUGACUGCUGAGACAUAUGAUAUCCUGAAUUUUAAAUCAUCACCUGGUUAUGAUUGGACUCAGGUUAAAGUUGGAGAAGUGAUUCCUCAUAAAAAAGAGUUAAGCAUUAAUGAAGAAGACAUAGAUUGGCCAGAAGAUUUCCCUCAGAUUCCAAGUUCUAAAUGCAGUGUGACCUGUGGCCCUGGCUUCAGGAAGCAAUCUCUUGAAGGUCAGCCCAUCUGUUGCUUUGACUGUAUCCUAUGUCCUGAUGGGAAGAUUUCCAAUAAAACAGAUACAGAACAAUGUAUGCAAUGCCCUGAAGAUCAGUACCCAAGCAAGGAGAAAGAUAGAUGCUUCCUCAAGACAGUGACUUAUCUGGCUUAUGAAGAGACUCUGGGAAUAAUUCUGACCUUGGCAGCUCUCUGCUUAUCCAUCCUCACAACCUUUGUCCUUGGAGUAUUUGUGAUGCACAGAGACACCCCCAUAGUUAAAGCCAAUAAUCGCAGUCUUAGCUACAUUCUACUCACUUCUCUCACCCUUUGUUUCCUUUCUUCCUUACUCUUCAUUGGUCAUCCUACACCAGCCAUCUGCCUCUUAAGACAAACCACAUUUGCCAUUGUGUUCACAGUGGCUAUUGCUUCCAUCUUGGCCAAAACCAUCACUGUGGUUCUGGCCUUUAGGGCCACUAAGCCAGGUAGCAAGCUCAGGAGGUGGUUGGGAGCAUCAGUAUCUUAUUUCCUCAUUUUCAUUUGUACCCUUAUCCAGAUGUGCAUCUGUGGCAUCUGGCUGGGAACAUAUCCCCCAUUCCUUGAAAUGGAUACACACUCUGAGACUUCCAACAUUGUCAUUAAGUGUAAUGAGGGUUCCCUUGUUUCCUUCUACUGUGUUCUUGGCUACAUGGGCUUCCUGGCCUUGGUUAGCUUUACAUUGGCUUUCCUGGCCAGGAAUCUACCAGAUACUUUCAAUGAAGCCAAGCACCUGACAUUCAGCAUGCUGGUGUUUUGCAGUGUCUGGAUUUCCUUCUUGCCCACAUAUCAGAGCACCAAAGGGAAGGCCAUGGUGGCCAUGGAGAUCUUUUCCAUCUUGGUCUCCAGUGCUGGGAUUCUCACCUGUAUCUUUGCUCCCAAAUGCUAUGUGAUCCUUCUGAGGGCAGACAGAAAUACCCUGGAGAUACUGAAAAACAAAGCUAAUCCCUGA